AUGACGAGAUCACGAGCAGCCAAGACCGAACUGCCACCCGAGCGAACAAUGCGAGAAUACCGAACUCCAGCUGUGAAUGAGAACUAUUCGGGAAUCAGGAAACCGACGAUAGCCGCAAACAACUUCGAGCUGAAGACGGGGCUAAUCAACAUGGUCAUGGCGAACCAAUUCUCCGGAGCAGCCACUGCAGAUCCAAAUCUCCAUCUUGCCAAUUUCUUGGAGAUUUGUGACACGAUCAAAGUUAACGGUGUUUCUGAUGAUGCCAUCCGGCUGAAGCUAUUCUCAUUUUCUGUCAGAGACAAAGCGAAGAGUUGGCUUCUGAGUCUUAAUCCAGGAUCACUCACCUGUUGGGAAGAAUUAUCACAAGCCUUUCUGGCACGAUUCUUUCCACCCUCGAAGACUGCACAACUACGAAGAGAUGUAGGCAAUUUCAGACAGAUGAGCCAAGAGCCGAUGCACGAGUCUUGGGAGAGAUUCAAGGACUUAUUACGACAAUGCCCUCAACACGGAUUCAACCCGUGGGAUCAAAUGGAGUUAUUCUACAAUGGGCUCGAUCAACCAGCCCGAUCUCUAGUCGAUGCUGCCUCAGGUGGAUCAUUGCAAAACAAGACUCCCACAGACGCUCGAGACAUUGUCGAGCGAAUGUGUGAGAAUGCUUACCAUUGGCCGUCCGAACGGAGUUGUAUACAAAAGGUGGCCGGAGUCCACCAACUCGAUCCUUUAGCCGCAGUUUCAGCACAAUUAGCUACUCUAUCAAAUCAGGUCGCCCAAUUAUCUGUUCGAGGGCCACAGACCGAACGAGUAGCAGCAUCAAGCACCUCACAAGCCACAAACGAUGAUUGGGAGCAGGCACACUUUAUGAACCACCGAUUCAACAAUUUCCGGGGAACCAACAAUCAGAACCAAAACCCUACUCAUUACCACCCGGGAAUUCGGAAUCAUGAGAACUUCUCCUAUGCCAAUCCAAAGAAUGCUCUACAACCACCUCCCGAUUUCAACCAUCAAAGAGAGCAACGAGGGCCAACGUAUGACGAGCGUCUUCACCGACAAGAACAGGAAAUGGAGGGCCUGAAAUCAACAAUGAAGAACAUGGAGAAGCAAAUAGGGCAAAUCGCCCAAUCCAUGUCCACAAUGGCCAAGGGUGGAUUUCCGAGCAAUACCGAAGUCAAUCCAAAGGAAAGCUGUCAAGCCAUAACCACCCGAAGUGGUUUGCAAAUGACUGAUCCUCCUUAUCCGACAGACGAAUCACCAAGGCCAGCUGUACAACCGACCCCGGUCGAGCCGGAAAUCACCAUUUCAGGGAGUAGUACAAAAGAGGCUAGUAAGCCCAAUAACAUUUCUUUUCCUGAUAAUCCCCCUCUUAUGAUAACUCCUAUUCCUUUUCCAGAAAGACAGAAGAAGAAGAAGUUCAAGGAUCAAUUGAAAAAGUUCAUUGAAAAGAUCAAACAGAUUCGAAUCAACAUCCCUUUUGCAGAAGCCUUGGAGGUAAUGCCAAACUACACCAAGUUCAUGAAGGAAGUCCUAUCCAAGAAAAUUCGGAUCGAAGAAGACAUACCAGUGACACUCACGGCAACUUGCAGUGCUAUUCUUCAGUCUAAUCUACCACCGAAAAUGAAAGAUCCAGGGAGUUACACUAUUCCUUGUAUUAUUGGAAAUUCUACUUUCGAUAAAGCUUUAUGUGAUUUGGGGGCAAGUAUUAAUUUGAUGCCUAUGUCUGUGUUUCUAUAA